AUGUAUGCCAUAGAAUCUCUAGCCUGCUAUUUCUACACUUCAUACUUAGUAGCCACACUUCACACCGGAGCCAGGACGGAGACUCACUCGGGUCAAAAAUCUUUUUAA